GCUGCUAAAAGUAAAUUAAAGAGUCCACAUGUAUAUCACAGUGAACAUGAAUGAUACGGCAAGGCAUGGAAGUGAGUUUUUUAAAGCAGCUCACAUAAAUGACACUGUCAGUAUGAAGUCCUUAUUGACAAGUAAAGAUUUUGAUCCUGCCAUUCGAGGGAAUUUAGAAGAAACAAUCCUGCAUACUGCCUUGUUAAAUGGCAAUAAGGAAAUUGCGGAGUUUAUUCUGGAUAUGAUGCCAUCUCUGAUCAAUGAACCAAUGACAUCUGAUAUGUACAGAGGUGAGACCCCCAUGCACAUUGCUGUUUUGAAACAAGAUGUGGAAAUGGUUAAGGAACUAUUGAAACGAGGUGCUGAUGUGAUGAAUGCUCGUGCAACCGGUUCCUGCUUUGUCCCUGGAGAGGAAUGUCAGUGUUACUAUGGUGAAUACUUAUUGUCAUUUGCAGCAUGCAUUGGCAAUGAAGAGAUUGUCCGAACUCUUAUUAAGCACUGUGCUCCGUUAGAGGCACAGGAUUCCUUAGGUAAUACAGUACUUCAUGUGUUAGUUCUACAACCAGAAAAAGAGCAAGCAUAUUCCAUGUAUGAUCUCAUUACUUCACUUGUAUCUGAGAAACAUCACCAGUUUGUUGAAAACAUUGUGAACAAUGAUGGCUACACUCCAUUGAAGCUCGCAGCAGCUGAGGGUGACUUUGUAAUGUUCAACUAUUUGGUGCAAAAACAAAAGAAAAUAUAUUGGACAAUGGGGACAAUUUCUUACUGUGUUUAUGAUCUCACCAACAUUGAUACAUGGGGUGACCAAAAAUCAGUUCUGGAUAUCAUAACAACAAGCAGGAAUAGUGAGGUUCGCAAACUUGUUGAUGCUAAACCAGUGAAGGAGUUAUUACAUCAAAAGUGGAAUUCUUUUGGGUACAAGUAUUUCCUGAUAUGGAUGUUCUCCUAUAUCAUGUACAUUAUUAUAUUCACUGUUUCUAGUCUUUAUCGACCCUUGAAGCCAAUUCCACCGGGAUUAUCUGACAACCUCACCAUUAGGACACAGAAGACUCUGGCAGAAUCCUAUCAAACAAAGGAAGACUAUUUGAGACUUGUGGGUGAAUUAAUAACCAUCAUAGGAGCUUUGGUAAUACUUAUAAGUGAGAUUCCUUACCUGUACAGGAUUGGUCCAAGAAAUUAUUUAGGAAAUACGUCUAUAGGAGGGCCAUUUCCAUUGCUGUUGGUUUGUUACUCCCUAUUGAUUGCUGUGGCAGUUAUCAUGAGAAUCCUCGGUAAUGUUGAAGAAGCUGUUCCAAUUUCUUUGGCUCUGAUCAUUGGUUGGUGCAACACCAUCUAUUUUGCGAGAGGUUUUAAAAUGCUUGGACAGUUUUCCAUUAUGAUUCAAAAGAUAAUUUUUGGUGAUUUUAUGCAAUGGUGCUGUCUGGUACUAAUCUGCAUCACUGGAUUUACAUCUGCUUUUUAUGUCAUGUUUCAGACUCUAGAUUUGAGAAAUUAUCCAUAUUUCCGGGAUUUUCCAAUGACAAUGUACACCACGGUUGAGCUAAUGAUGGGCUUAAUUGAUCUUCCUGUUCCAUAUGAUAAGCCAACUCCCAGUAUCCUAUACAUUGGAUAUGUUCUAUACAUGAUUUUUGUGUAUCUUCUACUGUUAAAUUUGUUGAUUGCAAUGAUGGAUGACACAUAUUGGAGAAUUGCAUAUGAAAGAGAGGAACUUUGGAAAGUGCAGAUUGCAGCCACCAUACUGCUUCUAGAACGACGAGUUCCAGUAUUUCUGAGAAUCCGCUCGGGAGUUCCAGGAAGAUCUCUGGGCUUUGAUGAUGACAAGUGGUAUAUUGGGGUUGAAGAAAUUCUUACUGAGACAGUAGGAACAAAAGUGCAAGUCCCAGCACUGAAUGCACAGAAGUACUCUCACCAUCUAGGUUGGGAUGCAAUUCGAAAAAAUCUUGCAAAAAUCAUAAGCAUGAGAGAUUCUUCUGAGUCUACCUCUUUUUGA